AUGGCUCUCAAACUCUCGGCGCCCACGCCCUUCUCGGCCUCGGCCCUGGGCCUCGUCAUCCUCGUCGUUGUUGCGGUCUCAGCAUCGGCGGCGGCGGCAGCAUCGGACUGCACGGGCGCGCUGAUGAGCAUGAUGCCGUGCCUGGACUACAUCACGGACCUGAAGGCGAAGGCGCCGCUGCCGAGCUGCUGCCUGGAGGUGGGGCAGGUGCUGGACUCGCAGCCGCUCUGCCUCUGCCACAUCCUCAACGGCGACGUCUCGAAGCUCAUCGGCCGCCCCAUCAACACGUCCCGCACCCUCGCCCUCCCCGGCCUCUGCAACCUCUCCACUCCCCCCAUCUCCGAAUUUGCCUCUUCCUCCAUUGACCUCCGCUCCGCUGCCGCCAAUAUCUCUGCCACCAUUACCACCUUCAGAGGUGCGGGAGAUCGGAGCUCUCUCCACACCCUCAACACCGAGAUCUCCAAUGGCGUCGUCGUUCUAAUUCUCCUCAAACCCUCCUCCUCCUCCUCCUCCUCCUCCUCCCCCAAUCCCACUGAUUCCCCCUCUCCAGGAUCCCACCUUUCGCCUCACAUGCCCUCGUAG